AGUAAAUCCGCAAUUCCCCAAUCCGCAUCGACUGGUAGCUGAAACCCCAAAAAGCCGCCACCCCCUACCUCCUGCCUUCGUCCUCCCGUCAGCCCGGCAGUGCCAUCCAAGAUCUAGCUAGCUCAAGAGCUAUCCAGCUCAAGAUCCAGGCUCGGCCACAGGCAGCCAUGUGCUGCAGCGAGUGCGGCUGCUACGACGCAUUCUGCGACUGCUGCUGCCCCUGCGUCUCCUACGACGCGCGCGAGACCAUCCUCUGCUGCGCGGCCUGCCUCGCCGUGCUCGCCGGCGUCGUCCUCUUCGCCGUCCUCCUCGCGGCCUACGGCUUCAUCCGCCACGCCGAGGUCGCCGUCGUCGACGCCUCCCUCACGCGGCUCGCGCUGGCCACGUCCCCCGCCACCGCCUUCGCCUACAACCUCUCCCUCACGCUCACCGUCCGGAACAAGAACUGGGCCAUGAGCGUCAGGAACACCCAGCCGCUGGAGGCCGACUACAGCUUCGACGGCCAGCGCUUCGAGCGGGUCAAGCUCGCCGACGAGGGCUCCACGCACCCCGCCGGCAAGACCCAGGUGUACCACCUCGUCUCCGGCUCCGACGGCGCCUACGUCGCGCUCGGCAACGCCGGCGUCGCCGAGUUCAAGGAGGAGAACAAGACGGGGAUGUUCCAGGUGGAGGUGGCGGUGUCGGGCGAGGUCAGGUACCAGGCGCACUUCACCAAGUGCAAGUUCCAGGCCAAAUGCCCGCUCCAGCUGCAGCUCGCGCCGCCCGGCACGCCGGCCGUCGUCUUCCAGAAGGUCAAGUGCAAGCUCGCUCCGGCAGACAAGAACUGCUAGUCAUUACUAAGAUUCGUGGAUUUCUUUCUCGAGCAAUUUUAGUAGUGAUUUCAGUAGUGAUUUCUGUUGGUAGAUUCGGAGGAACCAACUGCAGGUAGAUUGACCCCAUUGGUAUGCACUUUUCUUCUGA